AUGGAUAAAAAUCAAAGUGGUAUGAGCUAUGAAGAUCAAAAUAGUGACAGUGGAAAUAGAAGCGGCAACGAGAAGUUGAUUGAUUUUCCUACUAAUGGUAACUCAAACUAAUUUAAGAUAGAUAGCGGUGGUAUUGUGCCUCCUUAUUUAUUUAAUAGAAGCUCACGCUACACUGACUGCGUCUCUAACUCUUAGGAGGAGAAGACGAUGAAAGUGCAAAUCUACUUGAAUAUAGAAUUUACAUUUGAUGGAAAGGUCGAAAUGCUCAAGGUGACAUAAGAUUUACCUCCUAAGUAAUUUACUAUUGACGAUGUGAUAAGCUUAGCAAUCAGGGAAUUUAAUGAUAUCCUUGAGAAAAAAAACAGCCAAUAUAGAAUAAACACAACUUAAUCUAUUUGGAAUCUCUAUAUGUCUAAGAAAAACGGAAAGCCAAAGUAAGAUCUACCUGCUCUAGAUAGAGAUAAUCUUCUUUAGGACACUUAAGAAGACAUGUUUUCCUUAGAUACAAAAGACCAAAAUAAGUUAUGGUUAGAAAGCGGUAAAGAGUGGUAAAAUUAUAUAAUUUAGCAAGAUGAAGGAGAUGAAGACUUCAUGCCACCACCUGUAAAAAAUAAUAAUGACUCAAAAAAAGAUUAAGUUGAAAAUAAGGAAACCCAAAUUCCUCAAGAAAUAAAUAAUUCAAAGCCUUAGAAAUCUAGUGUACCAAGAACUUAAAAAAAACAGAAAGAAAACACUAAGACCUGCUUUAACAAUUUAUGCUCUUUUUCUAAGUGA